CCUUCCUCUCCCCCUCCCAGGGCCCCAACAGUGUUUUUGAGGUCUACCUGGUGGGCAACAACUCCAACCACUUCAUCAUCUCGCCCACCUCCAUCCAGGGGAAGGCGGACAUCCGCGUCCGCGUGGCCGUGCCGCUGGACUUCGAGACCAUUCCCCGCUAUGAGUUUUCGCUCUUUGCAAACGAGAGCAUCCCUGACCACGUCGGCUUCGCGCGCGUGAAGAUCAGCCUCAUCAACGAGAACGACAACAGGCCCGUCUUCAGCAAGGCCCUCUACAACGUCAGCCUCCCGGAGAACGCCACCGUGGGCACCACCGUGCUGCAGGUCCACGCAACUGACAAUGACGUGGGCACCUAUGGGAAAGUCAGUUACUUCUUCAGCGAUGACCCCGACCGUUUCUCCCUGGACAAGGACACGGGCGUGAUCCUGCUGACAGCUCGGCUGGACUUCGAGACCACGCAGCGCUACACCCUGACCAUCAUCGCCCGGGACGGUGGCGGGGAGGAGACGGCGGGGCGCGCCAGGAUCAAUGUCCUGGACGUCAACGACAACGUGCCCACCUUCCAGAAGGAGGCAUACCUGGGGGCGCUGCGGGAGAACGAGCCCUCCGUCACCCAGGUGGUCCGGCUCCGGGCGUCCGACGAGGACUCGCCUCCCAACAACCAGAUCACCUACAGCAUCGUGCAGGCGUCCGCCUUCCGCGAGUAUUUCGACAUCACGGUGUCGGAAGGGUACGGAGUGAUAAGCGUGAACCACCCCCUGGACUACGAGCAGGUCGCCAACGGGGUCAUCUACUUGACCGUGAUGGCCAAGGAUGCCGGCAACCCGCCGCUCAACAGCACCGUCCCUGUCACCAUCGAGGUGUUUGACGAGAACGACAACCCGCCCACCUUCAGCAAGCCCUCCUAUGUGAUAGCCGUCAUGGAGGACAUCAUGGCAGGUGCUACCGUGCUGUUCCUCAAUGCCACGGACCUGGACCGGUCCAGAGAGUACGGACAGGAGUCGAUCAUCUACUCCCUGGAGGGCUCCUCUCAUUUUCGGAUCAACGCUCGCUCAGGGGAGAUCACGACCACAUCUUUGCUGGACCGGGAGGCCAAAUCCGAAUACAUCCUCAUCGUCCGGGCCGUGGACGGGGGCGUGGGACACCACCAGAAGACGGGCAUUGCCAUGGUGAACAUCACGCUGCUAGACAUCAACGACAACUACCCCACGUGGAAGGACGAGCCCUACUUCAUCAACCUGGUGGAAAUGACCCCCCCCAACUCGGACGUCACCACGGUGGUGGCCGUGGACCCGGACCUGGGGGAGAACGGCACGGUGGUGUACAGCAUCCGCCCCCCCAACAAGUUCUACAGCCUCAACAGCACCAGCGGCAAGAUCCGCACCUCGGGCGUGCUGCUGGACCGCGAGAACCCCAACCCGCAGGAGGCCGAGCUGAUGCGCAGGAUCGUGGUGUCGGUCACCGACUGCGGGCGGCCGCCCCUGCGGGCCACCAGCAGCGCCACGGUGUUCGUCAACCUGCUGGACCUGAACGACAACGACCCCACCUUCCAAAACCUGCCCUUCGCCGCCGAGAUCGCCGAGGGGCUUCCCGCGGGCACCUCCGUCUUCCAGGUGGUGGCCGUCGACCUGGACGAGGGCCCCAACGGGCGGGUGACGUACCGCAUGCAGGUGGGGAUGCCCCGCAUGGAUUUCCUCAUCAACAGCACCAGCGGGCUCGUCACCUCCACCGCCGUGCUGGACCGGGAGAGGAUCGCCGAGUACUACCUGCGGGUGGUGGCCAGCGACGCCGGCGCGCCCUCCAAGAGCUCCACCAGCACCCUCACUGUCAAAGUGCUGGAUGUGAACGACGAGAGCCCCACCUUCUUCCCAGCCGUCUACAACGUGUCGCUGCCCGAGGACGUGGCCCGGGAUUUCAAGGUGGUCCGGCUCAACUGCACGGACGCCGACGUCGGGCUCAACGCCGAGCUCAGCUACUUCAUCACGGGUGGGAACCAGGAUGGCAAGUUCAGCGUCGGCUUCAGGGACGGGGUGGUGAGGACAGUCGUGAGCCUGGACAGGGAGACGGUGGCGUCGUACGCUCUCAUCCUGGAGGCCAUCGACAACGGCCCCACGGGGAACCGUCGCACGGGGACCGCCACCGUCUAUGUCACCGUGCUGGACGUCAACGACAACCGCCCCAUCUUCCUGCAGAGCAGCUACGAAGCCAGCGUCCCCGAGGACAUCCCGGCCGCCAGCAGCAUCGUGCAGGUGAAAGCCACGGACGCAGACGAGGGCAUCAACGGGAGGGUGUGGUACAGGAUCGUCAAGGGGAACGAGCAGCACAACUUUCGGAUCAACCCCAGCAGCGGGCUGGUGAUGCGCGGCUUGCGGCCGCUGGACAGGGAGCAGAACUCGUCGCACGUGCUGGAGGUGGAGGCCUACAACACGGAGCAGGGCCCCAUGCGGAGCUCCGUGCGGGUGAUCGUCUACGUGGAGGAUGUCAACGACGAGGUGCCGGUGUUCACCCAGCGGCAGUACAACCGCCUGGGGCUGCGGGAGACGGCCGGCAUCGGGACCUCGGUGGCGGUGGUGCGGGCCACGGACCGAGACACGGGGAACGGCGGGCUGGUGAGCUACAAAAUCCUGUCGGGCGCCGAAGGGAAGUUUGAGAUCGAUGAGAGCACCGGCCUCAUCACCACCAUUGACUACCUGGACUACGAGACCAAAACCAGCUACCUGAUGAACAUCUCGGCCACGGACCAGGCGCCCCCCAACAACCAGGGCUUCUGCAGCGUGUACGUCAGCCUGCUGAACGAGCUGGACGAGGCCGUGCAGUUCUCCAACAGCAGCUACGAGGCCGUCAUCGUGGAGAACAUCCCGCUGGGCUCCGAGGUGCUCCGCGUGCAGGCGCGCUCCAUCGACAACCUCAACCAGAUCACCUACAAGUUCGACCCCAACACCAACGCCCAGGCGCUGUCCCUCUUCAAGAUCAACGGCAUCACCGGCGUGAUCACGGUCAAAGGCCAGGUGGACCGGGAGAAGGGGGACUUCUACACCCUGACGGUGGUGGCUGAUGACGGGGGGCCAAAGCUUGACUCUACGGUGAAGGUGACCAUCACGGUCCUGGACGAGAACGACAACAGCCCGCAGUUCGACAUCACCUCCGACUCGGCCGUCAGCGUGGCGGAGGACAGCCCGGUUGGCCGGCGGGUGGCCGUGGUCCUGGCCCGCGACCCCGACGCGGGCAGCAACGGGCAGGUGACGUUCUCGCUGACAGCAGGGAACGUCGGGCGGGCGUUCGAGAUCCGCACCACCAACAACACCUACGGCGAGGUGCUGGUGGCUCGGCCGCUCGACCGGGAGCUGCUGGACCGCUACACCUUGCAGAUCCAAGCCUCGGACGGCGGCGUGCCCCCGCGGAGGAAGGAGCACACCCUGCGGGUGACCGUCCUCGAUGUCAACGACAACCCGCCCGUCAUCGAGAGCCCCUUCGGCUACAACGUGAGCGUGAGCGAGAACGUCGGCGGGGGCACGGCGGUGGUCCAGGUGCGCGCCACCGACCGGGACGCCGGCCUCAACAGCGUCCUGUCCUACUACAUCACCCGCGGGAACGAGGACCUCACCUUCCGCAUGGACCGCGUCACCGGCGAGAUCGCCACGCGGCCCUCGCCGCCCGACCGCGAGCGGCAGAGCUCCUACUGCCUGCUGGUCACCGUGGAGGACGAGGGCAACCCGUCCCUGUCGGCCACCACCACGGUGUACGUCACCGUCCUGGAUGAGAACGACAACGCCCCCGCCUUCCAGCAGCAGCUCUACGAGGUGACGCUGGACGAGGGCCCCGCCACCCUCAACGCCACCCUGGUCACCGUGCAGGCCCUGGACCUGGACGAGGGGCCCAACGGCACGGUUGCGUACGCCAUCACCGAAGGCAACAUCUUGGGUACCUUCCACAUCGACAGCGCCACGGGGCAGAUCCGCACCCUGAAGGAGCUGGACUACGAGAUCAGCCACGGGCGCUACACCUUGGUGGUCACCGCCACGGACCAGUGUCCCGCUGCCUCGCGCCGCCUGACGUCCACCGCCACGGUAGGGUUGCGACACCCUGGCGUCCUCGGGGUCCAGGAGUUCCCCCUGGCGUGAGCGGUUUCACAUCUCCUUCCCAGUGGCCACCAGCUCUUCCCAGUGGCCCAGUUGCUGCUCCGUCA